AUGGGAUUUUUUAGCGAUAAUCCGGUCAUCGAGUUCUUUCACAGGGUUACAAGAAAGCCAAGUACCAUCGCGAUGUGGGUAUUUGCUGGUCUAAUUUGCUCAAGUACUUUUUAUUUGAUGUUCAUGUCAUCACCUACAAUUGACUUCAACUCCAAGGGUAAGAGGGAGCACGAUAAGUAG